CAGGGCUCGCGGCUUUAAAUGAGGAGGUCGGACUACUCGGUCGCGUGCGAGUGGAGGGAGUGUAUGGGGACUGUUGUGGAAAGAGCGCUCCUAUAGAAAUUGUGACAGUCGCACAGAGGCAGGACGCUUUAUUUGACAUUUCUCUCUCCAUCUCUAUUUCUCUUACAUCUCCAAUCUCUCUGUCGGAGGAAGAAAAAACAUUUAAAAGAACUGUUGGAGAAGUGUCAGGUCAGUCAGCAGGAUGCACCGGCACAGUGGAGGCCAUGGAGGAGGAGGUCCUCAGGAAGUGGAGCUAACAGACGAAGAGAAGGAGAUCAUCAACAGUGUUCUGGCUCGGGCUGAGACCAUGGAGGCCAUGGAGCAGGAGAGGAUCGGGCGUUUUGCCACUAGGUUGGACAGUAUGAAGAAGACAGCAUGUGGAGAUGGUCACUCUCACUGUCUGCUGUGUGGAGAGACGUUUGGCCAGCAGGGAGUCAACUCCGUACUCUGUUCCCACUGCAAGAAGCAUAUGUGCAGUAAGUGUGGGAUUCAGAACAACAGCCGGUCGUCAUGUCCUGUGUGGGUCUGUAGGAUCUGCAGCGAGCACAAAGAGAUGUUGAAGCGUUCUGGAGCGUGGUUCUUUAAGGGCCAACCCCAGAAGGUCCUCCCUGCUCCCCUGCCCAUCUCCAGGCCCAGAGGGACAGGUAGAGAGAGCCCCCGUACCCUGAACCCCACCCAUCACCAGCCCAGUACCCAGCCCGAUGCCCGUACCCAGAUCCAGCCCAUCUACCAGCCAGACGCUGGUGCAAAGAACUGCACAGAGCAGCAGGAGCAGCAGGGUGACUGCUGCUCCAACACAGAGAACCAAGAGCCCACCGAUGAGCCCCCGUACUCCAGCUCAGAGCAACAGGACCCAGAGGGGUAUAGCUCUGCUCAGACACUAGGGGGCGUUGCUGUGCAGGAAGAGAUGGUGAAGAACCAGUCUAAGUUAGGCUCCAGACCUCCCACAGCCAGGGGGAGAGAGAACACGCCAGCUCCAGCUGACUCAGUCACACCACAGGCCCAUGCGCCCGAGGAGAGCAGACACCCUCACCAGAGGGAGGAUAGAGCCCCAACUCCAGUCAGGGAGGAGAAACCCACUCCUGCCCCCAAACCCACCCUGGCAGCACGCCCAGCCCCCGCUCCUGUCGAGGACGAUGACAACGAAUAUGACUCUGAUGAAUCCACCACCCUGGGGUUACUGGAGUUCACUCUGCAUUAUGAACAGGAGAACAACGCGCUGCACUGCAAUAUAGUCAAAGCCAAGGGCCUAAAGCCGAUGGAUUCUAAUGGCCUAGCAGACCCUUACGUCAAGCUGCACCUCUUACCUGGAGCCAGUAAGUCUAACAAGCUGCGUACUAAGACACUGAAGGGCACUCUGAACCCAGUGUGGAAUGAGACUCUGGUGUACCACGGUAUCACUGACGACGACAUGCAGCGCAAAACGCUACGGCUGUCAGUGAGUGAUAUGGACAAGUUUGGGCACAAUGAGUUCAUCGGAGAGACGCGUGUUGCUCUGAAGAAACUCAAAGCCAACCAGAAGAAGAACUACAGUGUGUGUCUGGAGAGGGUGGUCCAGGUGAAGAAGGCAGGAACAGGAGGCUCAGCCCGGGGCAUGGCUCUCUACGAGGAGGAGGUAAAGGAGGAUGCAGAGGAGAGGGGUCGUAUCCUGGUCUCUCUAACCUACAGUACCCAGCAGGGUCGUCUGAUAGUGGGAGUGGUGCGAUGUGCUCACCUGGCAGCUAUGGACUCUAAUGGAUACUCAGACCCCUUCGUCAAGAUCUUCCUGAAACCAGACAUGGGGAAGAAAGCCAAGAACAAGACUCAGAUAAAAAAGAAGACGCUGAACCCAGAGUUCAACGAGGAGUUCAGCUAUGAGAUCAAACAUGGUGAGCUGGCCAAGAAGAGCCUGGACAUCUCAGUCUGGGACUAUGACAUGGGAACAUCCAAUGAUUUCAUUGGAGGGUGCCAGCUGGGCAUCACAGCCAAGGGGGAAUGUCUGAAGCACUGGUACGAAUGUCUGAAGAACAAAGACAAGAAGAUCGAGCGCUGGCACGUCCUCCUAGAUGACAACACCGUUAAAGACACGGACGACUAAGACACGAC